AUGGCGCUGAGCGAGGAGCCGGCGGCCGGUGCCCCGGAGCAGCCGGGGGAGGCGGCGGGCGGCGAGUCGGACGCGCUGGCUCGCGGGAGCACCCUGGAGUCGUUCGGAGAGAGCGCGGAGACGCGCGAGCUGCUCGGCCGCCUGCGGGACGCGCACAGCGACCUGGUGGCCCGGGAGGUGGCCGUGGAGCAGUUCCGAGUGAUAAUGGACAAGUACCAGGAACAGCCACACUUGUUGGACCCUCACCUUGAAUGGAUGAUGAACUUGUUGUUGGACAUAGUACAAGAUAAGACGUCUCCACCGACCCUCGUACACCUGGCUUUUAAAUUUCUCUACAUCAUCACUAAGGUCCGAGGAUAUAAGAUAUUUCUUCGUUUAUUUCCUCACGAAGUAGCAGAUGUACAGCCUGUUCUGGACAUGCUUUCAGAUCAGAAUCCCAGAGAUCAUGAAACUUGGGAAACUCGUUACAUGCUGUUACUGUGGCUCUCCAUGACCUGCCUGAUUCCUUUCGACUUCUCACGCCUUGACGGGAACCUUGACACUCAGCCUGGGCCAGCACAGCUGUCCAUAAUGGACCGCAUUCUCCAGAUCGCAGAGUCCUAUUUGGUUGUCAGUGACAAGGCCCGUGAUGCAGCUGCUGUCCUCGUGUCCAAGUUCAUCACCCGUCAGGAUGUUAAGCAGAAGAAGAUGACUGGCUUCCUGGACUGGACCCUUCGCACUCUGACCCAGUCUUCUUUCCAGACCAUCGAGGGGACUAUUGCUGUGGAUGGAGCACUGCAGGCUCUGGCGCAGAUAUUUAAGCAUGGAACACGUGAAGACUGUUUACCCUAUGCCCCCACCGUUCUCCAGUACCUCAGCAGUUGCAGACUCUCUGAUUGCAACCAAACCCUCCUCCGGAAACUUGGGGUGAAGCUCGCCCAGCGGCUAGGCUUGACCUUCCUGAAACCCAGGGUGGCUAAGUGGAGGUAUCAGCGUGGUAGCCGCUCUCUGGCUGCCAAUCUCUCCAGUCAGAAGCAGCGUGAGCAGACGCCCCACUCCGGGACCCCAGACAGAGAGGAAGACUAUGACGUGCCGGAGGAGGUGGAGAGUGUGAUCGAGCAGCUGCUGGCUGGUCUGAAGGACAAGGACACAGUCGUGCGGUGGUCAGCAGCCAAAGGCAUUGGCAGAAUAGCUGGGCGGCUUCCCCAGGACCUGGCGGACGACGUGGUGGGCUCUGCACUUGACUGUUUCAGUUUCCAGGAGACGGACAAUGCGUGGCAUGGGGGAUGCCUGGCCCUGGCAGAGCUGGGCAGGAGAGGCCUGCUGCUUCCCACUCGGCUCACGGAUGUUGUAGCUGUGAUCCAGAGGGCGCUGACCUACGAUGAGAAGCGAGGAGCCUGCAGCGUGGGUGCCAACGUCCGGGAUGCGGCCUGCUACGUGUGCUGGGCCUUUGCACGCGCCUAUGAGCCAGCGGAGCUUCGGCCCUUUGUGGCUGAGAUCUCCAGCGCGCUGGUGAUUGCCACUGUGUUUGACCGGGAUGUGAACUGCAGAAGAGCUGCCUCAGCUGCUUUCCAGGAGAAUGUGGGAAGACAGGGCACUUUUCCUCAUGGAAUUGAUAUUCUGACCACUGCUGACUAUUUUGCUGUUGGGAACAGAUCCAACUGUUUCCUGGCUAUAAGUGUGUUCAUCGCUGGCUUCCCUGAGUACACCCAACCCAUGAUUGACCAUCUGGUUACCAUGAAGAUCACUCACUGGGACAGGGUCAUUCGAGAGCUGUCGGCGAAGGCGCUGCAGAACCUGGCCCCGUGCGCUCCUGAGUACUGUGCCUCUCAGGUUUUUCCACAACUGCUGUCCUUGACUCGGAGUCCGGACCUGCACACUCGCCAUGGGGCGAUUCUAGCCUGUGGGGCGGUCACCUGUGCCUUGCACAGACUGGCAGCUCAGGGCGGCAGGUCCAUAACAGACUACCUGGACAGAACGGCCCUGGAGGGGCUGAAGCAGAUUCACCAGCAGCUUUACGAUCAUCAGUUAUACAGGGGUCUUGGUGGAGAACUCAUGAGACAAGCAGUAUGCAGUCUGGUGGAGAGCCUGGCACUGUCCAGAGUGCCUUUUAAAGGGGACCCCAUCAUUAAUGGCUGGCAGUGGUUGGUUGAUGAUACUCUGCGGAGCCUCCACCUCAUGUCCAGUCAGUCCAGGCAGCAGAUCAAGGAAGCUGCUGUUGCGGCACUGGCUGCCCUCUGCACAGAGUACUACCCUGCAGAGCCAGGAGAGAAGAACCCUGCUGCAGUGGAUGAGCUGAUACAGCGGUACCUGGCCGAGCUCGGGAGCCCUGAGGAGAUGACACGCUGUGGCUUUGCACUGGCCCUGGGGGCCCUUCCUAGCUUCCUCCUGAAGGGAAGGCUGCAGCAGGUGCUGGAAGGUCUGAGAGCUGUCACCCACAUUUCUCCCAAGGACACGAGCUUUGCUGAGGCCAGGAGGGACGGCUUGAUGGCCAUCGCCAGAAUCUGCCAGACAGUUGGGGUGAGCUCGGACAGUAUCCCUGACCAGUCCCUGUGUAAAGAGAACGUCCCUCAGAUUUACUCCACGCUGCUCAGCUGCAUGGCAGAUUACACUACGGACAGCAGAGGGGACGUGGGCACCUGGGUGCGUGAGGCUGCGAUGACCAGUCUGUUGGAGGUGACACUCCUGCUAGGGAGGAACCGUCCAGAGCUGAUCCCAGCAGACACCUGUGAGCAGGUCCUGUGCUGUGUGGCCCAGCAGGCCAGUGAGAAGAUUGACCGAGUGCGUGCCCACGCUGGCAGCGUGCUCCUGACGCUGCUGCACUUCGACAGCCCCCCACUGCCCUACGUGCCUCACCGUGAAGAGCUGGAGCUCAUCUUCCCAAGGUCAGAGGUGUCCUCUGUGAACUGGAGUGCCCCAUCUCAGGCAUUCCCACGCAUCACGAAGCUCCUGGCGCUCCCUGCCUUUCGCUACCAUGUGUUGUUGGGACUUGCUGUGUCCACCGGUGGCCUGACAGAGUCCACAGUGAGGCACGCGACACAGAGCCUGUGUGAGUACGUGAAAAGCAUCCAGGAGGACCCGCAGGCCAUGGGGUACUUCAGCGAGACCCUCCUGCAGAUUUUCAGGGACAACCUUUUAAAUGACAGGGUGUCUGUGCCACUGUUGAAGACACUAGACCAGUUGCUGGCCAAUGGAUGCUUCGAUGUCUACAUGGCAGAGGAGGACCCUCCCUUUGCCAUGAAGCUGUUGGCGCUUUGCAAGGAGGAAAUCAGGAAGUCCAAAGACGUGCACAAGCUUCGGUCCAGCAUUGCUGUGUUCUGUGGGAUGAUUCCGUUCCGGGGGGAGCUGAGGAAGAAAGUGCUUCUCCAGCUGCUGCUGCUGCUCUGCCACCCAUUUCCUAUUGUCCGCAACACUACGGCCAGCCACCUGUAUGAGGUGAUGAUCAUCUAUGGUGAGGAGAUUGUGGGCCCUGAGGCUCUGGAUGAGGUCAUGGCUGUGCUUGGUGAAACGACCUGGGACACUGACCUCUUGGUGGUGAAGGGACAGCGGAACCGCCUGUGUGACCUCUUCCAGGUGCCUAGACCCCAGCUGGUUUCCAAGGCACAUGACCUGGAAGUGGAGUGUCCAGUCACGCCACCUGGUGCAGAAGGGCCUGAGGAGGAGGAGCCGGACGCCAUGGUCAGCGCACAGUCUGGGGUUGUGUGGGCCCUGCUGCAGUUCACUUGGGGCUCCCAUGGUGAUGAAAAGAGCAGCAAAGUCCCAACUGACUGA